AUGAAAGGCUGCACCAGUUGGUUCCGUCAAACUCGACGUGGCACUAGUGAUUCUUUUGAAAAAUCUGUUAGAGCUCAUGUUCUUCCGAAUAAAUGUUGGGAAUCAACCAAUUAUCUCAAAACUGAUCAGAUUACCGCCGUGGUCUCAUUUGAUGGAAACUUGGCGCUAACGAUGGAUAAACAAUGCAGAAAAAGUAAAUGGAAAAUUGUAAAUCUGGUCAAAUUGUUGCCGAUGGAACCGGAAAAUCGAGGAAGUGUCUAUGAGCUUGGAUGCUGUGAUUUAAGUUUGGAACAUACUGGAGAUUGUUUGGCGAUUCUGGCAGUAUUUUGGAUUGAGUUAAAUACAAACAAUGUGCCUGCAAAAUGCUUCGGAUCAAUCUACAGAAUCACCAGGAAACAUACUGUCGUUUUCUGUAAACUCAUUCCAUCUCCUUCAAUGGUUGCUUGCUGUCGACUCACAGAUCGCAAAAGUUUUACUGCUGAUCAUCACUGUCUUCUUGUAUUUUCAAAAGAUGCCCAAGUAUCAGCUUAUCGCGUCGAACCUACAUUCAUCGAGCAAAUCGAAGAUGUUUUCGAAUGGUUUCCGUCAUUAGCUCUCACCAAUUUACCUGGCGGAACUUUAAGAACAUCUUGCAAAAUUUGCAAUACUUUUCGAUACUCCGCGGUUGGAUUAGACACUGGAGUACUGAUUGCGUCUGUGUGUAUGAUAGAAGGCAAUGUAAUUCUGGAUAGUGUCCGUCUGCGUUACGCCAGUCCCAUCAGUGUCGUGGAAUUCCUUCCAGAAGUAUCAAAUAAUGUUCAACGUCUUCUAAUAUCUUCUUUCAUGGGCCCUGCUGGAAUUUGGCGUCUGAAAUUUGCUGAUGACAAGUUAUCGUGGGAACAAGAGUGCACUUUCGAAAGAUCUCAAUAUUACGAUUCGAUUCUCUGUGCAUGUAUUUAUCGCUUUUAUCAUGGAGCACCGCCUACAGUCUUAUUUGGAACGUACUCGGGUCGGAUUCUGCAGUACGAGCUACCUCCGCCGACAACAUUUGUUCGGAAGUCGUUGAAAGGAGUACAGAAAUGUGGAAAACCAAUCAAUUUGCUAAUUAAUAAUGGCAUUUAUUUCAUUAAGCAAACCGGUUUCAAUGAGAUCUCCGCCGUUACACCAUUCGGGUUAUAUGUUAUUCGGGAAAACUUUGCCACCUCAAAACGCCUUGGAAAAUUCGGGCAACAAUGGCUUAAUCGAUAUCAAAACAAACUUCUGCUCAAGAAUCCUCGAAACGUUUAUGAUUACUCGCCUGCUGAACUGCGUAGAUUAUCAAUUGAUUCGAUAAAUGAAAUGACAAUGAGGCCACGUAUUGGGUCUACAGUUUCGCAGAUGACGUAUCGAUAUUCAGAAGAAGAUGGAUUAGAAAGGACGGAGCGACGGAGGCAAACAUUGGGGGCCAAGGAUUAUCAGCGUGGUGCCACGACCUCGGCAUCUGGGUCCUCGAACGGAUCAUCUACUCGUCUUCGACAACUCGACGUCACCAUCACUGACCAGUAUUACCAAGAUGGCCCCUCAGACUCCAUACAUUCUCCAAAUCGAACAUCAGCCCCAUCACCCCGAAUCAGUACUCUUCAUGAGUUAUCACACCCUCAAAGUCCCCUAGCUACUGGUGAUAAUCGUCCCCAACCGGUUUUCUUUCGUGCCAUCAACAAGAGUCUUAGUUCGCCUUCAAGGCCUCAGAAAUAG